AUGACUAACACGGUUUUGAAAGUUGCCUUGUAUCCGUAUCUACCAGAUUCGGCAGGCGACAACUAUGAAAGUCUACUACAAUUCAUUACAGUUGAAUUUAAGAAAAUCUAUCCUAAUAUUACGCUUCUGCUACGUCCAAUUAGUUUUGAUGAUGAUUUCUAUAAUCUAGUUGUGCUGACUAAAUGGUUGAAGAGUGAUGGCAGUGGAUAUGAUGUAGUCGAAGUCGAUACUGAACUUCUAGGUGAUCUUGUCAAUGCUGGCCUCAUCACACCCCAAUUUUCUCUGUCGCAUAAUCAUUCCGAUUGGCAUUCAGCUGCCGCUACUGCUGUUCAAUUCAAUCAGGCAGUGUACGGUUUUCCUCAUUAUAUGUGUGCAUUAUUUCUUUUUACUCGCAAUGAUAAAGUAGCUUCAGUGAAUACGAUUGAUCAGCUCAUUGAUGCUCUCGGCAAUACAUCCACAAACAAUUAUCGUCUGGUGGGAAACUUGGCUUCCAGUUGGGACUUGCCUUCGAUGUGGAUAAGCAGCUAUCAAAAUAGUAUCAGUUCUGGAAAUGAUGAAGUUGCAUUUGCUCUUCAUUCUUACUCAAAUAACUCCUUCGAAACAAUGAGCAAGUUAGCUCGACUCUGUGAUCGCAUUGGAGAGAUAAAUCAUUGUCUUAAUGGAACAUUUAAUGGUACGAACUAUGAAAUACCGGCGCUUCUGUUUGCACGCAAUCAGACUGCAGCAAUGUUUGACUAUUCUGAACGACUUUUUUUUAUUCUUAAAAAUGGAAGUUUAGAUGAUUAUCAAAAUGUAAAAAUGAUUCCAUUGCCAACAGGGAAACUUCGAAACCAGCCUGUUUUUUUUUCUGACGCAUUUGUCUUUCGACGAAAUAUGUCCGAAGAUGUGUUGGAAGCUGCUCGUUCUUUUGCCGAUUUCAUGGGAACACCUCGCAUGCAAGCAGCCGUAGUAGGUAGUGGUGAUAGUCCUGGUAGUAUUCCUCGCUACCUUCUUCCAAUGUCUAUCAGUGCUUAUAAUGAACCCCUAUUAGCAAAUAACAGAUUCUACCAAACGUAUUUUCGACACUUAACUGGUUUACCCUAUCCUACAAUAGGUCUUUCAAAUACGCGUUUACAAUUGCAAGCCGCCAUUUUAAACUAUAUCAACUGA